UUCAAACAGGGACAGUAGUUCCAAACCCCGCAAGAAGCCCGCAAGAAAUAGAAGAAGAAGUUAGUUCUCCAAUUGAUCCGUUUGCUAUUUCUCAUUAUAUUUCAAAGAGUCGAACCAGCUUUUCAUUGGCAGGGGUAGAUCAUGGCCCUCGGGGGAAGCAAGAAAGUUGGGUCUGCUGCUGAGGCAUCCUCAUAUCCAUUGUCAUCCAAACCAGGAAACCCCAAUUCAUUGAAGCCUAAACAUAAAAUUGUGAAAAAAUCUUCAGAUAGGAGAAAAGAUUCUACUGCUGAACAGAUUCAGGAGAAACCAAAUCAUGAGAACACCACACAAGGGAGUAUAAAAGAAAAGAAUGCUAGCAAUAAAAUAAAAAAUGGAAACAAGAAAAUUUCACUGGAAGCGCACAGAGAGACGAGUAUUAUCAAUGACAAUAGCCGGAGGGAUAGAAAGGACAAGGAAGAGCUGGAUGGUAAUGCUAUCUAUCAAAUGAAAAAUGGAAACAAGAAAAAUUCACAGGAACUGAACAGAGAGAAGAGUAUCAUCAGGGAAAAUAGCCGUAGGGAUCAAAAGGCCAAGGAAGAGCUGGGUGGGUUGAUUUUCAUGUGCAAUGGAAAGACCAAACCAGAUUGUUUCCGCUAUGGGGUCAUGGGAGUCCCGCAGAGCCAGAAAGAGCUAGUAAUGGAAAUAAAACCUGGUCUAAAGCUCUUCCUCUAUGAUUUUGAUCUCAAGCUUAUGUAUGGGAUCUACAAGGCAUCUUUUGCUGGUGGUAUGAAUCUGGAGCCUGCUGCUUUUGGCGGGGCCUUCCCUGUUCAGGUGCGGUUCAUGGUUCACGAGGAUUGUUUCCCUCUACCUGAGAGUGUUUUUAAGAGAGCAAUCGAGGACAAUUAUGAUGAAAAGAAGCACAGGUUCAAGACUGAGCUUACUGUCCUGCAAGUAAAGAAACUUACAAGUCUGUUUCAGACUUCUAGUGGGCAGCUUUCUAGAAAACCUUUUUUGGCCCACAGGGAGGGAGCCACUCUACAGGAAGAGGCAAUUCGUUUUGAUCCACUGUUUCUGACGGAGAAAGAAUAUCGAACUUACGGUCUUUCAAGAGAAAGACGUACCUUGACCCCGUCUGCUUCUAUUGAUUGUAAUGCUCCUAUAGUAGACCUGUACCAGAAGGAUCAUGAAAGGGAGCAGCUUCCAUGGCAUGCUGGUCCUCAGCAAAGAGAAACAGCCUCAAAAGAAAUGGACCAAGUUCGUCGUGAUCCCCUUUUUCUCAGUGAGAAGGAUUAUCGAGCUUAUGGUCUUGGGCAAGAACCACCUUCUUUAAUUCCUCGUGCUGUUGUAGCCACUAGUGCUGCCACAGUAAUAGAUUCCUAUGCAAAAGAUCCAAAUUAUCCUCAACAUCAUGGUUCUACAUCCUCAGAUGCAUAUUCUCUGGUUCCUAGAAGAGAGGCAACUUCUUCGGAACCAUAUCUUCUGGUCCGAAGGAGAGACAUUAACCUCACAAAUUAUGAUUACCAAGAAAGGGGCUCUACUGAUUUCUCAAUAAGUGGAGCUGAUGAAGGAGGAUUAUAUUCAAGAUAUGCUGCCAAUUCUUUGAGGGAUUACAAUGAGAAACAAAACCAUCUGGGGGGCAGACAUGAGCUUGCAUCCUCAUCAGUCUCAUCUCAAUACUCCUUUGGUGGUCCAUCGCUGACUUACCGCUAACCUAAGUUCGCAUGUGUAUGAACUUGUUAAGUUAUCAGGCGCAUCUGUCAAAACUUACGGAGAAGUACAUGCAAGUGUACCAUUGUGUUACCCAUUAAUCUGAUCCGAGCAGUUUUGAGGUAA